AAGUGGUGAGGAUGCCUUACAGUGGCAGCAGCAGUCGGCUCUUCGUCUCUCAGCAGCUCAGCUCACGUCAACCUGCUGCUGGAGUUUCCUCACGCCAGAACUCAGCAUCCUGACGCUUCAGGAGCUGCCAGCUGGGGAAAUGAAGUUUCCAUGAAGCCCAUCAGUCGUAAAGCUGUGCAUCGUUGGUUCAUUCAUUAGUGAGCGCAAAAAAAACCAGGAAGUCAGUGAAAGUUGGAGGAAGAACAGCCGAGCUUCCCUUUGAUUAAGUUCUCUAAAUCCAAAAGAUGUCAACAGAGACUGUCGACAAGGAAGGAAGAGGAACCAAAACCUCUAAAACCUCAAAGGAUCACAAAAAGCCCACACCAGAGGCCCUGAAAGGAGCCAUCCAGCUGGGAAUCGGCUAUGCUGUUGGAAACCUGAGCUCCAAACCCGACAGAGAUGUUCUGAUGCAGGACUUCUCCAUGGUAGAAACCGUCUUCCUACCCAGUGAUGGCAGCAACCUGACUCCGGCGCAUCACUUCCCAGAUUUCCGUCUGAAAACGUACGCACCGCUGGCCUUCCGCUACUUCAGGGAGCUGUUUGGGAUCAAGCCUGACGACUAUCUGUACUCCAUCUGCAAGGAGCCGCUGAUAGAGCUGUCCAACCCCGGCGCCAGCAGCUCCUGGUUCUACCUCACCAGCGACGACGAGUUCAUCAUCAAGACGGUGCAGCACAAAGAGGCGGAGUUUCUGCAGAAGCUGCUUCCUGGUUACUACAUGAAUCUGAACCAGAACCCGCGGACGCUGCUGCCCAAGUUUUACGGCCUGUACUGCAUCCAGUGCGGCGGCGUGACGGUUCGCAUGGUGGUGAUGAACAACGUUCUGCCUCGAGCCAUAAAGAUGCACUUCAAGUACGACCUGAAAGGCUCUUCCUACAAACGCCGCGCUUCACGCAAGGAGCGCGUGAAGAACUCGCCAACGUACAAAGACCUGGACUUCCAGGAGAUGCACCAGGACGGGCUUUUCUUCGACCCGGACACCUACAGCGCCCUGAUGAAGACCCUGCAGAGGGACUGCAGGGUCCUGGAGAGCUUCAAGAUCAUGGACUACAGUUUGCUGCUGGGCGUCCAUGUGCUGGACAGGAAGUCGCUGAGCAGAGGGAACCGCUGCGACAGCAGGAGGGGACAGAAAGUCCUCUACUCCACCGCCCUGGAGUCCAUCCAGGGGAACCUGAAGGACCCAGAGCCGGUCGCAGACGACGACACGUUGGGUGGGAUCCCUGCAAAACACAAAGAUGAAAACCUGCUCAUCUUUUUAGGAAUCAUUGAUAUUCUUCAGUCAUACAGGUUCAUUAAGAAAGUUGAGCACUCCUGGAAGGCUCUCGUCCACGACGGGGACACCGUAUCGGUCCACAGGCCCGGUUUCUACGCAGACAGGUUUUUAAAAUUCAUGGGAACGACUGUUUUCAGAAAGCUUCAUCCUUUAAGAGGAGCGUCUUCGAAGAGGAAGAGGAGUUCCCUACAGGUGGGGAAGGCGGCGUCUCAGGAGUUUCUGUCCACGCAGAAAGAGAAGGAGAAAGAGGAGAAGAAGGCGCAAAGCAUGGACAACCUGGAUGGAAACUUUUACAGUUCCUCCAAGCAACCAGAUCUUCUUCCCAAAUCUGCUCUGACUGAAUCCAUCCGAAACGACGAAGAGGAAGCUGAAAACAGUGAAGAUCGCAGGGACUCCAGCUCCACUUUAGCUCUGGACGAUCCGCUGCCGUCGCUCAGCAGGAGCCAGUCAGACUCUGAGUUGGAUGUUUACUUGCCUCACACAGACUCGCCCAGGCGACCCAGCUGGAGCUGUUUGUGUUGCAACAUCCAUAAAAAUUGAGGAAGGACUUGUGAGAAAACUUUUAAAAGACUACAAGCAGCAACAUGCUGGUUCCCGCCUGCCUGCGUCACUCUGAUCCUCCAUCAUCGUCAUUUUCUGUGUUGUCAUCAAUGUGCCAAAUCACUGUAGAUCCAUUAUGAUUCUAUUAAUAGAAGGUGUUUGUUUGUGGUUUGAGAUCCACUGUUCUGACAAAAAACAAAAACACUAAGCUGCCACUGCUUCUUCCUCUUUCACUUUGUUGUUCACUGUGCUGGCAGUAAAUAUUUAAUUUUCA